AUGGCGCCUAACAAUAAGAAAAAGAAGAAGCCCGCCGCAAACCCAGCUCGAGGGUUUGCAACCGUUUCGGUGCCUUCCAAGCCUAAAUCGACUAACAACUCCACAGCUCCGGCGUCGACAGCAGAAUCCAAAUCGGUCUCAGAGAGUGAACGACCAACCCCAGCGGAAAGCAGCCGACCUGCGCCGGAAACACAGAACGUUCCAUCCUUACAGAAUUACUCACCCGAGGAACUUGAGAAACACCUUGAGGAUGCGGAGCUGCAAAUACUGGUUGAGAAAUAUGCCUCUAAAUGCAAGAACGAUGCGGUCCGUCAAGUUUCGAAAUUGGAAACAGAACGACGGGUACUCCGGCAGCAAGCCUUCUCGUUAAGUCUUUUAGAGUGGUUUCCUGCUGAAGUGCUGGACUCGAUUCUUAAAGUUGCCGAGACAGAAGAACAUGAAUUGAGCCCAUCCUCGGUGCGGGAUUCGAAUACAGUGAAAAAGUCUGGCUCAGAAGAAGACCUGUACAUGAAAUUGUGGACGCUAAGAGAGACCCUUCUGAAGCUCGGCUUUCCCGAGAAGAAAGUAGAGGAUUCAUUAAAACAUCUCUUACACUAUUUUUCUGGUAAUUUUGCCACUGCCAAUAGGGACAUGGUGUGUAAUCUGGACGAGGCUCUAGACUGGCUGGCAAUGCACUGCACCCCUAAGGAACUACCGUCUUACACGCAAACCAAUGCUCAGCUGCGCAAAGAUGAAAAGAAUCUUUCCUGGAUAACCGAUCGUGAGCCAGCACAAUCUUCUACUUUAAACUUGACCCAGAAUGAUAGCAAAGUGAAACAGGCCAAAAGACCGUCAAAGGAACCUCUUCCUCCUAUAUCGAGCCCUUAUGAUUCUGAUAGUUCUCUGGAUCCUGACACUUUGCUGCCAAAGUACUUGGAAUUGCAGACUCAGCUAUAUAAUCUUCAGCCUGAAAUAUUUGAUAAGCCUAAGAAAGGGAAAAAGCCUGCUCGUGAAAAUAUUGGGCUUGAUAGCAACGAACCCCGAGUAGCGAAGAUUCGCCGAAAGAUUACCGGCAUUGAAAACGAUGUCCUUUUCGACCGCACAGAAGCUGAGUACCGGUGGAAAGAGAAGCUUGAUGAUCUAAGAAAGGAGGCGGCUUUCUUCAGGCAGAAUCAGCCCACCGAGCAAACUUCUCUGGACGAGCCCGGAACCAAGGAUCAACCAAAGGAAAAGGUAGCGGAAGUCAAGCCCGACGUCGAUGACGAAGAGAUCGCAGGUCUCUUAGGAGACAUGUUCCAAGCCGAGGAGCCAGCAUUGGAGACAGGUGUUAUACUUGAAGAGUUGAACAAAGCCGCUAUCACGAUCCGUGACUUUGGGAAAUGGACUGGGCUUAGCCCUCGACGAGUUUUGGAAGAAACAUGCAAGGCAAGGGAUACCAGUUGCACAAUCAUUUUCAAGGAUUUCUCAUCUGCAUCGCACUCGAACAGAAAAGCGGUAGAGGUGAGGUGGUCCAAAGCACAGGAUGUACCAUUUCUGUUCGAAUGGGACAAAGUCACACACAAAUCUAGCGCUUAUGCCACCUUUGUCUCCAUGGACACAAUUGCCACACCAACUGCACAGCAAGCGGAGGCAUUUGUCUCGACGUUUGCCCUUUUUGUCCUAUUUACACAGAACUCGAAGGAGGGCAAGGCUUAUAUGCGGCUUCCAGCAGUGUGGAGGGAGCUCUGGACAGAGUUCGCGAAUGCAAAAAAGCUCCAAGAGGAUGAAAUUGAUAAGAAGACAAUAAAACAUCUGAAGAAGCUAAUACAGGAGAACCCGGGUAACUUUGAAGAUGAUGUGGUACUAGCAGAUAAUUUCCGGAGACGAAAUGGGACCUCUAGCAAGGCAGAGUCUCCAGCCAGGUCAUCCAAUGCAAGGGAAGCUUCAGGCCCCGAGUCUCAAUUGCAAAGGAUUUGGAUGGAGAAGUCAUCCACUCCUUCUUUUAACAAUAUGGUGCAAGGAAGAAUGAAUCUUCCGAUCUGGGCUUUCAAGAACGAUAUACUGAAAACACUUGAUACACACCGUGCGCUCAUCAUUUGUAGUGAGACCGGUAGCGGAAAAAGCACGCAGAUACCUUCAUUUAUCCUUGAACAUGAGAUGACACAAGGCCGUCCCUGUAAGAUCUAUGUGACGGAGCCCCGGAGGAUCUCUGCUAUAUCGUUAGCGCGAAGAGUUAGCGAAGAAUUGGGGGAAAGCAAGAGUGAUGUUGGGACAGCCCGCUCGCUCAUCGGGUUUGCUGUAAGAUUAGAGAGCAAAGUCAGCCAGUCGACAAGACUAGUAUUUGCGACAACUGGUGUUGUGGUGCGUAUGCUCGAACGUCCAGACGAUUUCCAAGAUAUCACGCAUGUCGUUCUUGAUGAGGUUCACGAACGUUCUAUCGACAGCGACUUCCUUCUCAUAGUCCUUCGUCGACUAAUGCAGAGGCGUCCCGACCUAAAAUUGAUUCUAAUGUCGGCUACCCUUGAAGCUCAAAGGUUCUCUAAUUACCUCGGUGGCGUGCCUGUUCUUAAUAUCCCGGGACGAACUUUCCCUGUGGAGAUGAAGUUCUUAGAGGAUGCCGUGGAGAUGACCAAUUACCGCCUAUCAGAAAAUGAUUCGAAUACUAAUCUCGACGAAGAUACCGAUGAGAUGGCGCCAGAGAACACUGAAGGUGAUACAACGGGAGGCAUACUAGCAUCGCUUGAAAGUUAUUCUAAACAGACCAGGGAUACUGUUUUGAACUUUGAUGAAUACCGCCUUGAUUAUCAGCUUAUAAAGAAAUUACUUAUUAAGAUUGCUACAGCGCCGGAGAUGGCAAACUACAGCAAAGCUAUAUUGGUCUUUAUGCCUGGUAUGGCGGAAAUCCGCCGCCUGAAUGAUGAGAUUCUCUCGGAACCGAUCUUCCAACAGGGAUGGAUCGUUCAUGCGCUGCAUUCUUCUAUUUCCAGUGAGGACCAGGAGAAGGCAUUCAUUGUUCCCCCAGAAGGCAUUAGAAAGAUCGUAAUUGCCACCAAUAUCGCCGAGACCGGUAUCACUAUCCCGGAUAUCACUGCCGUCAUUGACACGGGUAAGGAGAAAACUAUGCGCUUCGAUGAGAAACGCCAGCUCUCAAGAUUAGUUGAAGCCUUUAUCUCGAGGGCUAAUGCGAAACAAAGACGGGGAAGAGCUGGGCGUGUUCAGAAUGGAAUUUGUUUUCACAUGUUCACGAAGCACAGACAUGAAAAACUGCUCGCUGAACAACAAACGCCAGAGAUGCUUCGUCUUUCUUUGCAAGAUCUGGUACUACGGGUGAAGAUCUGCAAGCUCGGCGAAGUGGAAUCCACUCUUCUUGAAGCCCUGGACGCACCUUCUUCCAAGAACAUUCGCCGCGCUAUAGACUCUCUCAAGGAGGUCAAAGCUUUGACAAAUUCAGAGAACUUGACUCCAUUGGGAAUGCAGCUUGCCAAGCUGCCGUUGGACGUCUUUCUUGGAAAAUUAAUCAUUCACGGUGCCUUCUUCAAGUGUCUAGAUGCCUCGAUUAGUAUCGCAGCCAUUCUCUCUUCAAAAUCACCCUUUGUUAAUACCAUGGGAUCCAACACACAGAAGGAUCUUGCAAGGCUUUCGUUCAAGAAAGGCGACUCUGAUUUAUUGACUGUGUACAAUGCAUACUGCGCCUGGAAACGCACGAGAAACACCCCCGGCGCUAACGAGUAUGCUUUUUGUCGGAAAAACUUCCUCAGCUCCCAGACAUUGUUGAACAUUGAAGAUAUCAAGAUGCAGCUUGUUGUGUCUAUCGCUGACGCAGGACUUUUGACUUUGGACCCAAGCCAGAAAACGGCUCUGAACAGAGCUCGAUACGGCGGUCGUCAGCGUCAAUUUUUUACCAUUCCUGAAGAGUACGAUAUCAACAGCAGCAACGACGCUAUUGUCAAUGCAGUUAUUGCUUGGAGCUUCUACCCCAAGCUCCUGACCCGCGAGGGCAAAGGCUGGCGGAACGUUGCCAACAACCAAUCUGUUACCCUUCACCCGACCUCGGUCAACAAACAAGCCGAUGCAUCCAUGAAGUGGCUGUCGUACUAUCACAUCAUGCAGGGACGAAACCGGAAUUACAACGCUUUCGAGACGAACGCCGUGGACGACUUUGCCAUAGCGCUGUUGUGCGGCGAGGCGGAAUUCAAGAUGUAUUCCGGUGUGGUCUCAAUUGACGCCAAUCGAAUCCGCUUCGCGGUUCGAGACUGGAAGUCCAUGCUCGCGUUGAAAAUCCUUAGCGCUCGCAUUCGCGACAUCUUAUCUGGGACAUUCCGAGAUCCACAGAAAAAGUUGUCCUACAAGCAGCAGCAGUGGGUCCAUAUCUGGCAGCAGAUAUUUUCGCAGGCGGGGAAAUGA